AUGGGCGUCGUCACUUCCACCUACGACUACGGCACGCUGACGUUCUCACUCGUCGUGAUUCAAGUUACCCUCAAAAUGUUCUGGGUGCAAUACCGGUGGACCCGCAUCCACGUGCUGGUCAUGAUGGUCUCUAUCUACGCCUUCUUUUUGUCUUCCUUCUUGGUCAACGCUUGGGUGCCAAUAAACUGGGACUACCACGGGGUGUUCUAUGCCUUGCUCCAGAGCAAGCCGUAUUGGGCUGUCAUGAUCUGGUGCCUCGUGGUUGUUGUGGGAAGAGACUGGGCGAGCAAGUUCCAUCAUCGCUGGUGGCGUCCUCGUUUGCACCACCUCAUGCUCGAGUCGGACAAGCGUGCAAUGAACGAGCGCGAGAAGGCCGUGCCAGAGCAGGGCAGGAGCAAUAACUCCGAUGGACAGGGAACCUCGGCCGGCGGAGCCGGAAAAGGAGGGGCACACGGCGAUUCUGAGACACCGACAACCCCGUCCGAACACACACCGUCACCGGACGCUGUCUCUAGCGGAAACGCUGCCGCCGUCGGCGGUCACCAUAGUCCCGGUGAGACCGGGGAAAGGGAUCGUCGCAGGCAAUCCGCGAUCUACGCCAGCCUGUUCCACCGCCACAAGCACCGCCGCAGCAACACCACCGGACAACAGGAGCAGCCCGACCCACCAUCGGAUGAGCAAGGUCGUCGCCGCCACAGGCCAGGAAGAAGCGGCGUCAGAUCACUCCUUGACGACGACGUCAGCGUCCGAGCCCUUCUCGAGGAGACCUUCUCCCCAGCGGGGCAUGCCGGCAGCGGCUCCAUCGCCUUUGCUCCCGUCCCUAUCAACGCCCUCUCCGAAACGUUGCGAGAACGCCGGGACAUCCGAAACGCCAACGCCGGCGGUGGUAUUGCGAACCACAACUUCACCGCAAGAAAUCCUUUCAGCGUCACGAUGCCAUCCAUCGGCGGCCGGCACGCCCGCGGUGUCAGCUCCACCGCAGCCGACGCUUACCGCCGUGACGGUGGCGGCGGUGGUUUUUCCCGAACUAUAGGAUUCGGUGCCGCGGCUAGGGACAAGGGGGGCCAUGACAGAGGGGUCACGGCGGAUGGUGACGGUGACGAUGAGGAGUGGGACCCGUUUGCCGGAGGAAUUUCGGCAGCAGGAGCAGAGGGAGUAUCGAACGCACAGGAAGACAACGACGACUGCAGCCCAGCCCCUCGCCGCGAAGCGUUGGUCCGGACGAAGAGCAGGCAGCUGCUACACGCGGGAGGGCGGGCCGGGUGCGACCCACGCGAGGCCUCUAAGCUCAUGAGGAAGGCAUCCUACUUCGUCGACGUGGACGAGGGGGCGCCUCUCCCUCCCACGGCGGUCCCUGACAACCUACAGCGCCGGAGGAACAGUGAGCGCGGUGCGUCCGGAAAAUCCUCCGCUGUUCCUGUCUUCUCGCCGUCGGGCAUGUAUCGACGCCUGAGCCGCGUCGCCGGCGUUAGUGACGCACGGCGCAGCAGCGGGGGUGGUGAUCUGUGUGCUGCCGAAGGGCGCCGGCGAUCGAGCAUGUCCGCAGCAGUAACGACAACGACCAACGGGACGGGUCUCGCGUCGAACAAGACAGCCGCCACCACCACCAACGAAAGCAGACCACAGUUGUCCCCGUUGUGCUCUUCGGGCGGAUUCGCCUUCAGCUGCGACGCCAAGGCACAGCGCGCCGAAAUAGCCAUGAUUCUCGGCAAGCGCACCGGUCCCAUGCCUAGGACGGCAGCCUCCCUCGCGCCGCCAAACUCAUCGACCCUGCCGCGCUCUGUCCAAGAUGGUGGCGGCGGUGGUGAUGGUGGUGGUGGUGGUCUCGACGCAGACGACAACACCUCGGAGAAUCUGCCUCCGCUUCAUCGCCCUUCUUCUGCCGUCGGGGCCGGGCUCAACCUUGGCCCGGGGCCAGCUUCGACGAGGCGGUUCUCGCAACCGUCGCCUGACACGCCCGCCGACGUCGUUGAGGAGGAAGAUGGGGGGAACGACGGCGACGGGGACGGCGGCGAGGAGGUCGAGGAGGUCGAGGAGGUCGAGGAGAAGAAGGAGGAAGGACGGGCCGGGGUGAAUGAGAGACAGGAAACGGACCAGAGAUGA